UGGUGCAUUUCAAAGCGUCUGCUCAGAUCUCAUGGAAUUUCUUGGCUGCUACAUGUUCAGUCAGACAGAAAGACAUGGGGGUGAAUCCACGAUCACCUUGUAGUAUUUCACUGGAUGCCUCAGAAGAGCAGAUGGGAAUAGUGAGCAGUGGCUAAGUCUGUCACUGGGUUUGAGAAGUCUGGCUCUCUCCAUGUCCCUGUCACUCGGGAGACAUCCUGCUUUCUGCGCGGCGGUAAGGGAGGGGACUGCGGCUCCGAGUGAUCUUCCUGUAAAAACGGCAAAAGCAGGAGCGGUGGGAAGUGUCAUGUGCGAGGAAUGUGUGGAAUGAGGGUGAUUUCAAGUGUUCCCAUACUCAGAUAAUUCCAAGGGACAGAUCCACGCCCCAUUUCAGAGUCAAGCUGCUGAUCAGAAGGAUAGCAUUUAAUAAUCACUGGCGAGGAGAAGGAGGAGGGGACCAGACAAAGGAGGAAGGAUUUUGCAGCAUUUGGGUUUCUUGGGGGAUAUAGAGAUGAGCAAAACAGCAGACAAAGCGUGAGUCCCACUUCUGUGCUGCUCAUCCAAAUUAACAGGACUUCAAGGACUUGCUGCUAAGAUGGAGCUGCUGAAGGGACUGCCGUUGCGCCGCACUUUCCUGGCUGUCAUCCUCAACCUGCUGGCUCUCACCCUCUCCACCACAGCCUUGCUGGGCAGCUACUGGUGCACCGGGACCCAGAAAGUACCCAAGCCUUUGUGUGGGAAGAGCAAAGCCUCCCAGUGUGUGGGUGUGCCCAUGCCAUCCGAUGCAGACACGAGCAAUGUUUCCUCUGAGGACACGGUGCACUACAGCUGGGAGACUGGGGAUGACCGCUUUGCCUUCAGAUACUUCCACACAGGGAUGUGGCUUUCCUGUGAAGAGAGCAUGGAAGGGCCAGAAGAGAAAUGCCGCAGCUUUAUUGAGCUUUCACCACCAGCAGAAAGAGGAAUCCUGUGGCUGUCACUGGGAUCAGAGAUGCUGUACAUCAGCUUGCUGCUCAUCAGCUUCAUCCUCCUGAUGGUGGAAAUUCUGCACACUGGCAAUCCUGUGUGUGGGAUGAAGCUCAAUGCCUUUGCUGCUGUCUCCUCAGUGCUGUCAGGUCUCCUUGGGAUGGUGGCACACAUGAUGUACACUCAAGUCUUCCAGGCAACAGUUAAUCUGGGACCGGAGGACUGGAGGCCGCACACAUGGGACUAUGGCUGGGCAUUCUACAUGGCCUGGGCCUCCUUCACCUGCUGCAUGGCCUCUGCUGUCACCACUCUCAAUACCUACACCAAGACGAUACUGGAGUUCAAAAGGAACCACAUCAAGGGAUACGAUGGGACCCUCAAGGAUCACCCUCAGCACCACCAGUGCUUCAUACAGCAAAUAAGCAGCUACUAUGAGCCCAAAGGCAAGGUCUUCCAUUCAGUCUCUGAGGGAGUCGACUUCUACACUGAUCUGCAGCAGAAAAUACUGCAGAGGGAACCAGAGCUGGACCUGGAUGAAGUCUUGGGCCAGACAAUCGGGGAGGAUCGCUGUUAGGGAUGAGUGUACAGGGACAGAGCAGUGAGGUUUGGGAGGAACAAGAGCUCUGAACCAAGCAUUGGCACCACUGUUAGCAGGUUUUGGGGAGCUCUUCCAGGCUCUACAGGGAGUGAGGAGGCAGGCACUGGGUCAGGGCAACUAGAGCAGAAGUUUGGGGGUCCUCCCUGGUCAUAUACAAUGUGAUGGGUGCCCUCUUCUGACAAGGGUGAAACUGGAGGGACAUGCUGGUGCCAGCUGUCUCCAAGCACUUUCAGAGUUGAGUCAGAUGUCCUGAUCCAGUAUUGCACUGGGGAACAGACAGUCAGCACCAUCCAGAUGGCAAACUGCACUGCUGGGUGGUGUCACACUGACCUUCCAUCAGCACCUCCAUUUCAGUGCUAUGGUGAAGGCCAUCAGUGUUCAUAUUGAUCAGCUGUCACCCUCUCUGAACACCCUGCUUAUUCUUAAUUUCCAGGCCCAAACUCUUCUCCCUGCCCCCAGAUUAAAUGUCCUGCUGCAGUAGGAAUAGGGGAUAGCUUUCAGACAUCUCCUCCUCCUUCCUAUCUGUAAUGACUCCCACAUGUUCCCUUCUUGCUUUUUGCCCAGAAAUCUCCCAUUCUGAGGUACUUUGCUGUCUGCCUCUUUUUACUGUUUCUUCGUAACCAUUAAGAAUUUGGCAGGACUUUUGCUUUUUAUGUUACUUCUAUUCAUCUGUUCCUUUUUGUCCAUU